CUCCACCAGAUUGAGCCAAGCAGAGUCCAUACUGAUACCUCUGUCGAGAGUAACACCAACGUAUUUUUGUUGUGUGUCUAUACUUGUACCUAUAUGUCAGACCAAAACUUUACUUACAAGAACUUCUCUUCUCUGCAGAGUUCUGAAGGAAUCCAAGCAUCGUCACCCACCUUUGAUGUUGAGUCUGAACUUUUCCCAAGGCAGAGGCACACGACCAGAAAAGUAUAUCAAGAAUCUGCAUAGCAUAGCCAACGGCAGAGGCACAGGCACAGGCACACAACCAUGGCAGAUACUCCAUUAGCAUCUCUGUCAUUGACCCAUGUUCAUUAUGUACGUACUCUUGUACCCGUCUCAUCUACCAGAAUCCUUUCUAACUAAGUCCUCGUACUCUCUCAGGAUCCCCAUGAUCCCCUGUCCUACUUCUGCGCCUGGCUCGCCCUCAUCCCUCAAGGCCUCUGUGUAGUCUACGCAACCUUAAUAUGGUCCACCCGCGAAGUCGAGAUUCUCCUCAUGUUCGGUGGACAAAUGGCUUGCGAGGCACUGAACUUUGCCUUGAAGCGCAUUCUCAAGGAAGAAAGACCCAAACAAAUGCACGGGAAAGGUUACGGGAUGCCCUCUUCACACGCCCAAUUCGUCUCGUUCUUCUCCGUAAGCUUGACGCUAUUCCUCCUCUUCAGACACGUACCGAAGAAGCCAUCAUCUUCGCAUACACCAUUAAGUAUGGUGGCACGAGUACUGUUAUCCGGGCUGGCGAUGGCGAGUGCGGCAUUGGUGGCAUGGAGUAGGACAUACCUAAAUUAUCAUACGCAGAAACAAGUGAUUGUGGGAAUUGCGGCGGGUGUAGUGAGUGCGGUUCUAUGGUUCUUGGCCACGACUGUGGUGAGGCAGAUUGGCCUGUUGUCUUGGGCUUUGGAUCAACCGCUUGUGAGGCUAUUUCGGAUGAGAGAUUUGGUUAUUGAGGAAGACUUGUGUCAAGCGGGGUGGGAGAAGUGGGAGGUGAAGAGAUUGGCGGCUUCUAGCAACGCCAAUGGGAAGAAAUCUAGGUGA